UUGAAGAUUCACUUACAAAGACAAAUCAGAUCAUUGACGCUUUGCCAAGAAGCACAUACUGUUAUAUGGGAAUGAGGAGCAGAGAUAUACCGGACUCAGCUAUUACAGCUUCAUCAAUAUACGACGAAUAUCAUCAGGCGUAUCAUGGAAGGCUUGAUAACAGAGCUAAAACAGAAGAUUGUGGAAGAUGGUCGCCAAAAAACAAUCAAAAGGGCGAAUGGCUUCAAGUAGACUUCGGAAGAUCGGAACUAGUUGGUGGAAUAAUUACACAAGGAAGAGAUGCCGUUGCACAAUGGGUGGCGUCUUUCACAGUAUCUUGUGGUCUCAGCACUAGUUCUCUGGCUACCAUCCAAGAGAGUGGGGUAGAAAAGAUAUUUGCAGGAAAUUCUGACGUAGACACCAAGGUAAUCAACAUGUUCCCAAAACCAAUCACUUGUCGAUUUAUCCGAGUUCACCCUCAGACUUGGUAUAUCUACAUCAACAUGAGAGUCGAAUUUAUCAAGGGGGUGUGUCAUGAUCUGUACAUCUAAUGUGAUGACGUCGUGGUCACAUUUAUUUAACAUACAAAUAAUUUCCCAUAAUUAAAGCCAAUUUGAAAAUAUAUUAUGUAUUAUUAAUCUGAACUGACUUCUUCAACCCAAAUCAGUUUUACUAUGAUUUUCGCAAUAUUAUUUUGUCACAUAUAUAUAUAUAUAAACUUGCAAAAAUU